AUGGCACCUGUGUCGAAUUGUGUAAAAUGCUCAAACAUGGGAGUAUUAAAUUGUGAUGGUAAUUGCAUUGUUUUUGAAUCAAGUGGGUGUGUUUCAUCACCAAACACAUAUUGUUCGGGUUGCCAAAAUCAUUCAAAUUUCAUUUCAGAAUCAAAUGGCGUUUGUAGUGAGAUUUCGAAUUGUAAAAUAGCAAUAACAAAUGGGAAAUGCGCGUCUUGUAACGACGGGUAUUAUUUCACACCAAAUCAAACAUGUGUUGGUUUGUCAAGUAAUCAAACAGAAAAUUGUGACCUCAUCAACAAUGAUAAUGGGAAGUGUAUUCGUUGUGCCAACAAACAUUAUCUCAGUGAUGGAACGUGUUUAAAUUGUCCUAAUAAUUGCAUGAGUUGUAUCAAUGCAACUGUGUGUAUUGAAUGUGAAGGCGGUUUCUCAGUUUCAAGUAACGGGACUUGUAUGACAUCAACAACACAAAUGGAAAAUUGCAAGAAAAUGAUAAACCGACUUUUCAUAUGUGCAAUUUGUGAUGAAAAAUACUUCAGAAACGACAAGGGCCAAUGCGAGAAUUGUAUUGACAACUGUGAUGAAUGCAACCAGAAAAACACCUGUUUACAAUGCAAAGAAAACACAUUUCUUGUCACUGAAGGGAAUCAAUGCAUUCCAUACGAAGAUCAUACAAACUGCGAAACAAAAACUCAAAAUGGGUGUUCUCAAUGCUCGACUGGUUAUUAUGUGAAAAAUCAGUUAUGUGUGUCUUGUAAUUCCACAAAGUCAAAUUGUGAUAAGUGUAAUUCUGUUGGUGUGUGCACUUCGUGUUCUCCAAAUUACAUCUUAAUCAGCUCCGAAUGUAUUUCAAAAAGUAAUGUUAGUCAGUGCACCAAAGUUGACAACUCAAAAUGUGCAACAUGUAAAUUUUGGUACGCCCCGUCUUCUGAUGGCACUUCGUGUGCAAAGAAAGCAGUUUGGUGGGUUAUUUUUAUUGGCAAAAUUGAUAUACCCGAUGUCGUUGUUAAUAUCAAUGCAAUUGUGUUUGAAAGCAACGAAGACAAUAAGGAAAUAUCAGUGAAUGAAGAGAGUCGUGAACUCAUAUGUGUUGGUAAUAGUGGCAACAACACAAUUAAAGUCCAAUUUUCAACAAAAGAGAAUUGCUACAAAUACACAAUUCGAACUUCACCAAAUAUAGCAACAAUACCAAAAGGUAAAGCAAUCGAAUUUGAAGUGUUUCUGAAGCCGUUGUGCAGUUGUCAAAUUGAUGACAUCAUUGUCUUAAUUUCUUCCAAUUUGAAGAAAGGUGUUGUUUCCAAUAUGCACAUUAAUAUCAAAGCAAAAACACAACUUUCGACACGACUUGGUCCUGAUGAAUUGGAAGAAGAUAAGAAGCUUGGCGAAGGCUCGUUUGGUAUUGUUUAUAAAGGCACAUUCAGAAGCAACACUGUUGCUAUCAAGAAGAUGAAACAGUUCACAGAUGACCAAAAGUCGCUUGAAGAAUUUGAGAAGGAAGUAGACAUGUUGGACAAAUUCAGAUGCGAUUAUAUUGUCCACUUCUAUGGUGCUGGUUUUAUGACAAACAAAAUUUGUUUGGUCACCGAAUUUGCUUUAUAUGGGAGUUUACAAGACUUGAUGAAACACAAACAAUCAAGUGAAGUUGACAUGCAAACUCGACUUAAAAUGAUGUUGGACUCUGCAAACGGGAUUAUGUAUUUGCACAUAAAUGGGAUAUUACACAGAGACAUCAAACCAGACAACUUUCUUGUGUUUUCGUUGAACAAAAAAGACAAAGUCAACGCAAAACUGACCGACUUCGGGAGUGCAAGAAAUGUCAAUUUACUCACAACUAACAUGACAUUCACAAAAGGUGUUGGCACACCAAAGUAUAUGGCGCCUGAAAUACUCAACAGGGAGAAAUACAAGAAAGAGGCGGACGUCUAUUCAUUUGCUGUAACAAUGUUUGAGUGUUUCAAAUGGGGUGAAAUAUACCCCAAAAAGGAUUUCCAAUUUGCUUGGUCAAUUGCAGACUUUGUAUCUGCUGGGAAACGAGUCCAAAGAGAUAAAAAUAUUCCAGAACCCUAUUUCGAAAUCAUCAAACAGUGUUGGACUCAAAAGAAGCGUGACCGUGUUCCUAUUGAAUCAGUUGUCGAAAUGCUGAAUAGCGAAAUGAUAAAAUAA